GUAAAAUUAAGGAAAUAUUGAACACAUUUGUACAUGGCCUUUUCUUCAGAAUCAUUCAUUUUGUUGAUAUUCCUGAAAGUGUAGCUUGAUGGCCUUGGUUAUAACAACUCCCUUGAAGGGAAGUCAAUCUCGUAAAAAUAUCUCUGUUAGUGUAACUUUUUAAUCGUGUAAUAAGAUACUAAUGCCACUUCCCGGACUAGAGCUUUAUCUUUGAUAGUAACAAAAGUGGAACACACACACAUACAAACAACACUUUGUCUCACUCGAGACAAGACUUAAAUACUAAACAACAGUAGGAUUGACUCUAAAGGUGGAUGACCAUAACACAAGGCCACAUGAAUAUAAGUCUAUUUCUAGAACCUUGGAAAAAGAGAAUUGAUCCCGUUCUGAGAUCUUUAGUGGACAGAGAAGAGGAUGGAUGGCGGGAAGAGGACCCUACGAAUCAGGAAUGUCUUACUCCGCCAGUGUCUGAGUGAAUUCUUGUGUAGCUUCAUCGUUAUUAUGUUUGGCUGUGCAGCACUGGCCCAGAUGAAGACCAGCCGUGGAGCCAAGGGUCAGCCUAUGUCGGUGAACUUGGCUUUCUCAGCAGGAAUCAUGGUAGCCAUGUACCUGGGCCGAGACAUCUCUGGAGCCCACUUGAACCCAGCUCUGUCUCUGAGCUUCUGUGUGGUGGGUAGUCUGUCCUGGUCCAAGCUGCUGCCCUACUGCCUCUCUCAGGUGCUGGGGGCCUACGUGGCCUCCGCCCUCGUCUUCCUCAUGUAUUAUGAAGCCAUUAUGGACUUCAGCGGUGGCGUCUUGGCGGUUUACGGACCAAACGAAACGGCCUCCAUAUUCGCCACCUACCCGUCCAGCUUCAUGUCUCACUGCGGCAGCUUCCUGGAUCAGGUGGUGGCCACUGGGAUGAUGAUGCUGUCCUACCUGCCCCUGGCGGACCCCCAGAACAGCCCUGCGUCCCGGGACCUGCUGCCCCUGCUGGUGGGCGUGAUGUUCCUGGGGGUCUCCUGCUCCAUGUCCUCCAACUGCGGGGGCGGGGUCAACCCGGCCCGCGACCUGGGGCCCCGCCUCUUCACGCUGUUCGCCGGCUGGGGGACCGAGGUGUUCACGUGCUACAACUACUGGUUCUGGGUCCCUAUCGUGGCCCCCAUGCUGGGGGCCCUGCUGGGCUCCGGGGUGUAUGCCGUGUUUAUCCACUGGCAUCUGCCCGGGGCCGGGCAGGACGAGCCUGACGACGCCUUGGUCCUCACAAACCUCUCCAACUCUGGGGAGAGACGAUCAACAAAUGUCUCGUCGAAUGGAGAGGAUAUGGCCCAGAUCAGGCUGGAUUGAAGAUAAACUGUCGGUAUAUAUUGGAGGGAAGAGUGCAAAGAAGAAACUGGUACAAUGCAGUUGGUUUUGUUUCAGCUGCACUCCUUUUAAGCACUGCACUACAGCCAAAGUAUCCUUCAAUAGGCAACUCAGUGCCAAUAUGUCUUAACCAGCACCUGCCAAUGAUAAAGAAAAAACUAAGCUAGGCCAAGAAAAAUGUAAUCACUAGUUUGAAAAAAUUAUUGGCAAUGUGUUUCGUUCUCUGGUUGUUCAAUGAAAUAUGCCUUAUCUUCCAUUAUGGAUAUUUGAUUGAGCUAAUUGUUGUGCAGUAAAAAAAAAAUUCAUAUCUUAUCAAUUUAUUGAUUUAAUCCGAAACCAUAAAAAACAAUUGCCUUAUACGUGCAAAGAAUAAUAUCUGUAUACACUAUUUGUAGUCUGUCACCAGAGUUUGAUGAAGAAUAAAGAAUGACAAUUUUGGACAAUGGUACAAACGUGCUGAGGAAUGAAGACUCUACUGCUGUCAACACCCAAUCAAAUACCAGUGAUUAUCAAAGGUAAUUAAUAUCAGCUGAGAGAAAAAACCAACACACACAGCCAAGCUAAAAGCCCAGUUACCAGUUCAGAGGCCGACGUUGUCCAGAACAUAUGAGUAUGCUUGCAAAAUGAACUAUACUCCACUGGCCCAGACCGGCUCACCACCCCCACCACCUCAUCAGUGCCAUAAAGUGCAUGACGCGGUUUACACUUCGAGUAUGAAAAGGCAGGCUUUGCCCCGUCAGCCAGAGAGCGUAGUAGCGCUGCCCGGGUCAGAUGUGUCUUUCAGGGCCCCCGCUGCAGUAAAAGACCCUGUGAUGGAAAAUCUACAUGUUAUGUUCAGGGUCUUAUAAAAUGUAAUUCUUAGUGUUUCAUGUGAUGUAAUCUGGUUUCACAUCCCGUUCUUGGAAUCUUGCUAUUCUGCAAGGUCUUCUAAAAUGUAAUUCUUAGUGUUUCAUGUGAUGUAAUCUGGUUUCACAUCCCGUUCUUGGAAUCUUGCUAUUCUGCAAGGUCUUCUAAAAUGUAAUUCUUAGUGUUUCAUGUGAUGUAAUCUGGUUUCACAUUCCGUUUCCAUGUUGUCUGUAGUUUGGUUUGGGCCUGUUUUACUUGACCCCCUGGGGAGCGUAGAGAAGCAAAGGGUGAUAAGGAACCGCCUCAACCACCUCUGAAGAAACUUCAAUCAAUAGAUUAACAUCUGGUUAACAAAGGUUUUUGGUUUAUUGGGGCCAACUGCCCUCAAGGAUCCGAUCUAAGUGUAUAAAAGCUCCUGACUUUAGCUACUCAGUGGACUUGUCUGAGCGUACCUUCAGAGAAUGAAGUAACACGCAAAGAGGAGCUCCCAUCUGAGGCCUCAGAUUAUUGUAAUGUAUGCCUGUUAUGUUGUUUGUUGAUGCAUGUUG